GUAAACAAUAAAUGUAAACGCUGUGAAUCAUCAUGUGAAUUCAUGUGGCUCCAUAUCAGUUAUAGUGGGCUGGUUACACUGCGUCAUGUGACCUGACGGGGAAAAAAAAGCAGCGAUGGAGAAAAGCUAAGGAAGGGAUCUGCCCUGGCAGUGGCUUCAUCUUUACCCAGAGUGCUUGUGGAAUGGCAGCAGUUUGGCAGCAGGUUUUGGCAGUGGACGCAAGGUACAAUGCUUACCGCACGCCUACGUUCCCACAGUUCCGAACUCAGUACAUCCGCCGACGCAGCCAGCUGCUCAGAGAGAACGCCAAGUGUGGCUUUGAGCCAGGGCUGCGCAGGCAGUACCUGAAGCUGCGCAGUCAGCUGCUGGCCCUGCGCUACGGGCCCCUGUCUGAGCAGAGCAGCUUCAGGGCCAGCAGUGUGCGCAGCUCCCGAACCACACUGGACCGCAUGGAGGACUUUGAGGAGGACCCCCGCGCCCAAGGGGCUCGUGGUCACCGCCGGUCCGUCAGCAGAGGCUCCUACCAGCUACAGGCCCAGAUGAACAGAGCCGUCUAUGAUGAGAGGCCUCCGGGCAGUUUGGUGCCCACCUCAGUGGCAGAGGCCAGUCGUGCCAUGGCAGGGGACACAACCUUGAGUGAAAAUUAUGCUUUUGCUGGCAUGCACCACAUAUUUGACCAACAUGUAGACUCUGCUGUUCCACGGCUGCAGUUUGCCAAUGAUGACAAACACCUCCUUGCUUGCUGCUCACUGGAUGGCACCCUGUCCAUCAUGACGCUGUCCCCGCCUCCUGCCAGUGUGAAGGUGACACUCAAAGGUCACGGAGGUCCCGUCACAGAUUUUGCUUGGUCUCUGAGCAAUGACAUCAUCGUGUCAACAUCGCUGGACGGGACUCUGCGUAUCUGGAACACAGAGGAUGGUCGUUGCAUCAGAGAGGUCAGAGACCCAGAAUCCAGCGAGUUGCUCUGCUGCACUUUCCAGCCCAUGAAUAACAAUCUUACUGUGGUGGGAAACAGCAAGCACCACCUGCAGGUGGUGAACAUCUCCACUGGGAAGAAGGUGAAGGGGGGCUCCAGUAAGCUGACAGGCCGCGUGCUGUCUCUCUCCUUUGAUGCUCCGGGCAGGAUCCUUUGGGCUGGCGAUGACAGGGGGAGCAUCUUCUCCUUCCUCUUUGACAUGGCCACAGGGAAGCUGACCAAAGCCAAGCGUCUGGUGGUGAACGAAGGCAGCUCCAUCUGCAGCAUAUCUGCUCGGUCCUGGAUUAGUCGAGAGGCCAGAGACCCCUCCCUGCUGGUCAAUGCCUGUGUCAAUAAGCUGCUGCUUUACAGGGUGGUGGACAAUGAGGGCACGCUACAGCUGAAGAGAAGCUUCCCUAUCCAGCAUGGUUCCCAGCUCGUUCAUAGCAUCUUCUGCCCCCUUAUGUCUUUCAGACAGGGAGCCUGUGUGGUGACGGGCAGUGAGGAUGCCUGUGUCUACUUCUUCGACGUCGAACGCAACACGAAGGCGAUAGUGAAUAAGCUGCAGGGUCACGGGGGACCGGUGCUAGACGUCAGCUUCAACUGUGACGAGAGUUUACUGGCAUCUGCUGAUUCCACCGGCAUGGUCAUCAUCUGGAGGCGGGAGCAGAAGUGACUGAUCCACCGAUGAAAUGCUUCCAUCCACUUCCAUACAAAAGGCCUGCUGCUCCUUAACCGUCCAAUAACAAGUCUGUAGAUUUUCACUGGAAUGUAACAGGCUGCAUUAAACGUUUAAUGUAAUGAUACUCAAGUGCAAUCAGAUAGAACACCAUGCUGUGUAGGUGGUAGGGAUGUCUUAGAUAUUCAACGGGUGGAGGGGGGCGGGUUGUGUGUGUGCGCGCAUAUACAUAUAUAUAUAUGUGUGUGUGUGUGUGUGUGUGUGUGUGUGUGUGUGUGUGUGUGUGUAUGUGUGUCAGUACUCCUACAGCUGCAGCUGAGAAAUUGCCUUUCAACAAAGAAAGAAAAAGCACUACUCCCAUGCAUGUGUCAUGGCUUACCUCCGACUCGUACAGAAAUUACUGAAUUCAUGUGAAAGGGAUGCAACGUAAUGUUCCUGAGAAACCAACACUUUAUAUCACACCGACAGUCCCUCUGGCAUAGAUCUAGUUCACUAUUUAUGUAACGGUUAUUCAAGCAGUGUAAUCAAGUGUAGUAAAACCGCCUUAUUUUGCUUUCAGUUCUGCAAUUGCCUGUUUGCAUUUGAAACCAUGUGCAUGACACUGAACUCAGAAUCAAUCUUAGGCAUAUCAAAUUGAUCAUAACAGAAAAGAUAAAAGUGUGUUUUUAAGUAUGUGUUUGUAUACCUGUGUGUGUGUGUGUGUGUGUGUAUGCGCGUGUGUGUUUGUGUGUUUUUUCUGUUCAUGCUGGUUGCAGAUAAUUUAUUUAACGCACAUACAGAAUAAACUACUGUAACUGUCA